UCCGCUCUUGUGUGCUCGCUAAUGUUUACAUUACCCAUAGAGGGGAGGAGAGGGAAUGAGAGGGGUCAUUACUGACCUCCUGUGGCGGGAGACGAGUAUUGCUCUCUGUUCCCUUAUUGGGGAGAUUCCACAUCCAGGAAAAGAAGAAUAAGGUGUUUUUGGCAUCACACAUCUCUACUGAUGAACCGUUGGCUGUCAAAAUCCAGACCAAGAACAGCGAAGACUACAAGGAAGCCCUCAACGAGAGCCACAUACUAAGGGAAAUUUGUACCAGCCCAUUCUGCAUUCGUGCAUACAGUACCUUACAGACAAAGGAUCUCUUAUUCUUCGUCAUGGAAUGCCUGAAUGGUGGAGACCUGAGGAACUUCUUAAACAAAAGGGCACCAUUAACUAUUGAUAUGACAAGAUUCUUCACUGCCGAGAUCAUUUGUGGUUUACAGUCCCUUCAUAACCGAGGAAUUGUACAUCGGGAUAUCAAACCAGAAAAUAUUUUUCUCAAUAGCAGUGGGCAUGUCAGAAUCGCUGACUUUGGCUUAUCGGAAACAGAUGUGCAUUCCUCUCAUGCCCUGACGUCUAUUGUUGGCACUCCAAACUACAUGGCACUAGAACUCUAUUUGGAAAUACCAUAUGGAUUUGCUGCUGACUAUUUCUCCCUGGGAGUUAUAGUCUAUGAGAUAGCUACUGGAGAAUAUCCAUUCUCCUCCUCGGACACCGUCCCAGGCACCGUCUCAGCCACCGUCUCAGCCACCGUCUCAGCCACCGUCUCAGCCACCGUCUCAGCCACCGUCUCAGGCACCGUCUCAGGCACCGUCUCAGGCACCGUCCCAGACACUGUCUCAGGCACCGUCCCAGACACUAUCUCAGGCACCAUCUCAUGCACCGCCUCAAGCACCGCCUCAAGCACCGCCUCAGGCACCGACUCAAACAUCGACUUAGGCACCAGCUUAUUCUUGGAUGAGGUGCUCGUAGACUCAAUCUGUAACCAGUAUCCAAGAUUCCCCAAAGAUUUCAGCAUGGAUCUCAUGGACCUCAUAGCAGUCAAACUUCUAUGCAAAUCAUCGAGCCUAAGAGUGAUGCAUGUUAAAUAUCUGCAAAGCCACCCAUUUUUUAAAGGCGUAGACUGGAUGAAACUGAAGGCUGGGGAAAUAAGCCCACCAUUUGACAUGGAGACAUUACCACCGAUGGACCUGACGACAGAGAUGAUGAUGGAGGAAAUCAUAGAUCCUGACAAUGAACUGAAGCCUGAAUUAUCAGAGGAGAACCGGGAGCUUUAUUGUGGGUUCUCUUUCACCAGCAAGGUAUGGAGAGAAAUACAAAGGCCAUAGGUGCCAUCAGCUCCCCCUACAAAAGUUGCAGGACCAUAGAUUUUUUUUGGAUAUGCAGUAAUGUCUGGCAGCUUACCUUACUCUCCAUGUGUUUACCUUAGAGGCCAGACACUCUCACCUGGCUGCUUUUAUCAUCUCUCCUUCCUGUAUGGCUCCACCCCAGGCCAUAUCAGGAACUCUAUAUU